CUAGUCGAACGAUCAGUUUAACUCUUUUUAUUACCAGGGCAACACUGCAGUUCUGUCCCUUUAAGUUAAUCUUGAAAAUCAAGGAAGUACAGUCAAGUACAGUGAUCGACGGUCAUAAUGUCCACAUUAAACAUCGAGGUCCUUCGUAAAGCGUUCGAUGGCUUCGACCACAACCGCUCGGGCAGCAUCUGCGACUUCGUCGCUGACAUCCUCAGGAUGAUGGGGCAGCCGUUCAACAAAAAGAUUCUUGAAGAACUUAUCGAGGAAGUAGAUGCCGACAAAUCUGGUCGUCUUGAAUUCCCCGAGUUCGUGACCCUGGCCGCUAAGUUCAUCGUUGAAGAGGACGCUGAGGCAAUGCAAAAGGAACUUAGGGAAGCAUUUAGAUUAUACGACAAGGAAGGCAACGGUUACAUUCCCACGUCGAGUUUGCGCGAAAUCCUGCGUGAGUUGGAUGAGCAGCUGACGGACGAGGAGCUGGACGGCCUUAUCCAGGAGAUCGAUACUGACGGCAGCGGUACCGUCGACUUCGACGAGUUCAUGGAAAUGAUGACAGGAGAAUAAACAUCUAUAUCUAUAUACUUUUUUAUAUUUAUUUUCUAAUAUAAGUUAUCUUUACAAUUCGGUACUUCAACAUUUCGAAUCAUGGAAACAUCGAACAUCGCUCUAAUAUUAAGGUACAAUAAAGUUGAAACUUCAUUUAUCUAUUAUCUUUCAAGUAUUAUGUAUGUAUUGUACAAAAUAAUAAUUUGUUCAUGUUUAAUUGAUGCGUGUGGUUGAGUAAUGUUUAUAUCUACAUAUUAAUAAAUCUUUAUUUCUACUGU